CCGCUGCAGGCCUGGAGUCGGGGCCCGGGGCGCUGCUUGUCCCUGGGCGCGGUCUCUCAGGAAAUGGCUCGGGGCCGGGGAGGUUCCCGCGUCGCCCGGAAGCCCGAGCUCGCCCGCGUCCUGGCCCUUUCCAGGGCUGGGGGAAGGGAGGAAAGUGGGCGAAGGGGGCGGGGGCGACCCUUUCCUCUGCCCGACGUGGUCAGCGGCCUUUUGGUGACCCUCGGCGCAGAACAGAGCGGGGCGAGGAGCGCCGAGGCGCGCAGGGAUCCCACCUCGGUCCCCCAAGCCUGGAUCCCAGCUCGAGGCUUCCUGAGGCGCCGAGGGCGGACCAAGAGUCAGGCUGGGCCCGAGCUCUCCCGGCGCCGGGUGGAGCUUCCGCCAUCCGCGCGCCUCUGCCCCGGCCGAGCGCCCCGAGCCGCACCCCCGUGCCCGCCUCCCGUGCCCGCCUCCCGCGCGCGUCCUCGUUCUCCGCCCUCCGCACUUGGAGGGCGCCCAGAGCGCAGGUGGGCGCGGGGUAGGGGAGCGAACCAGAGCCCCUCGGCCUGCGGGGCCGCAGCCUUUUACCCACGUUCCUGCUUCAGGACAGGCGCUGGGGGCCCAGCGCGCGCGGGGAGCGGAGGGGCGGCGCGUCCGAGCUGAGCGGGAGUCGCCCGCAGGGUGCUGGGUGCUGAGCGUCGAACCCACCGGGCAGGGGCGGCCGCGGACCGAGGACGCUGGCUGAGUCUGAGGGCGGGAGGAGCUGGCGCUUUCUAAGAACCUCAAGGUGCCCAGCAGAGUGCGGUGGGCAGUGCGAGGCGACCAGGGCCAGGGUUGGACUGAGAUUCUGGGCGCCUCGGAAGAGCUAUGCGGGCGAGGGUCGGAGACUUUGUGGAUGUUCAUGCUCACCCUGACGGUGGACUUGGGGGCUCGGGGGUGGAGGACGUUAGCAGAGAGAGGGAAGGAGGGGGUGCCAAGUCACGUCAAGCCAGCCCGGAGAGAUGGUGACGCCGAGACCGGGUGCACAGAGCAGCCGCCGAGCCUGGGCUUCACAGUUGGCGGCUGACCCCAGGGCCUGUGCUGGAGGCCCUGCUCCUGCUUCCUGCGGGGUUGCCCUGGGCCCUGCUGUGCCUGCUUCCUGACCUGCAGUGUGAGGAGAACCUUCUUGAGGGGCUUCCAAGGGCCCACUUCAAGGAGGGGCUGGUAUCAGGCUCUGUGGGGGAAGGGGUGCUGUCUUUGGGAUCCUGAGCCCAAGGCCCACCAUCACCCAAGGCUGAGUACCGGGACACAGGAAGGUCCUAGCAGGGCUGGGACUCAGUCAGACAAGUACGUGUAGAGAGCCUGCUGCUGAGAGGGUGCUCAGCCAGGGCCGGGAGGCUGGAUGGCAGCCCUCCACAAUGAAGCCCUGCCCCCAUGUGGCUGAGGGCAGGGCCAGGGUCCAAAGGAGACCCUUGUCUGAUUCUGUGGGCAAUACCAGCCACCGGUCACUGGGUCCCCAGUCCCAGGUCAACCUGAGGGGUGUCAGUGUGGUGACAACAUGAGAUGCCGUCUGCCUGUCAUCUGCUCUGAGCCAGGAGCCUCGGCCACCUGUGUUUGCUCCUUAUUUGGAAAAGGGGGCACUGCCCUCCCACCCCAGCCUGAAGGGAAGGUCUACAAGAUGCCAUAGCCCCUUGUAACUGCUCACCCAUCAGGGGAGCCAUGUCUGGGAGAGGGACGGAGAGAGGGCGGAAGAGUUCUGCUGGAGCCCCAUUGUUGACUGGGAGUUUCUGAAGGCCCUGUUCCCCAGGGUCAGAGGUCAGAGACACAUGGGGGAGCAAACCGGCCCCUUGGCUCCUAAGUGUGAGCCCUAGUAGCGUCUGAGAGGCAUGCCGCGCGGUCCCCGGUCCUUGUAUGUGUGCAGGAUGGCCCUGGCGGGGGUCUCCUGGCUGGAGGAGCCCCCACCCAUUACCCCCGGAACCUGCCCCUUUGAGCACCCCCCGCCCCACAACACACAUGCACACACACACACGCACACAAACACGCGCACACACACGCACAUACUGCACACACGCACACAUUGCACACAUGCACACACACACACUGCACACACACACACAUACUGCACACACGCACACAUUGCACACAUGCACACACACACACUGCACACACACACACAUACUGCACACACGCACACAUUGCACACAUGCACACACACACACUGCACACACACACACGCUGCACAGAGGAAAGUGCCGUGCCUGGGUGGGUUGGGGCGGGCCCCAGAGGAAGGAGCCGCUUGACUCAGAGCUACAGGAAGAGCCCGGGCAGGCGGGGUGAGAACCACCAACUGCCCGUCCUCCCGCCCGCCUAGGGAAGGGGUGGGUGCCUGGGUGGGGUUUAGGGUUAGGAGAGGAUGUGACUGCAAGGCCAGGAAGCUACAGGGAAAGUUCUGAUCAAAGUACACAAAGACACAAGCCAGGUCCCCACCGCGCUUGGCGAUGCAUCCAUAGCAGCCUUGGUGCUGUGGACACUCCCUGGGGCCCAGCGAAGGGGAGAGUUUGCUCCCAAAGGCACACCAAUGACCAACAUUUGCCCCCCGGAGGAAAGAACUGGAACCAGCCUCUGACCUGUCCAGGUGCCCUGUCCAGCUGACUGCAAGGACAGAGAGGAGUCCUGCCCAGCUCUUGGAUCAGUCUGCUGGCCGAGGAGCCCGGUGGAGCCGGGGGUGACCCUGGAGCCCAGCCUGCCCCGAGGAGGCCCCGGCUCAGAGCCAUGCCAGGUGUCUGUGAUAGGGCCCCUGACUUCCUCUCCCCGUCUGAAGACCAGGUGCUGAGGCCUGCCUUGGGCAGCUCAGUGGCUCUGAACUGCACGACUUGGGUAGUCUCUGGGCCCCACUGCUCCCUACCUUCAGUCCAGUGGCUGAAAGACGGGCUUCCAUUGGGAAAUGGGGGCCACUACAGCCUCUACGAGUACUCCUGGGUCAAGGCCAACCUGUCAGAGGUGCUUGUGUCCAGUGUCCUGGGGGUCAACGUGACCAGCGCUGAAGUCUAUGGGGCCUUCACCUGCUCCAUCCAGAACAUCAGCUUCUCCUCCUUCACUCUUCAGAGAGCUGGCCCUACAAGCCACGUGGCUGCGGUGCUGGCCUCCCUCCUGGUCCUGCUGGCCCUGCUGCUGGCCGCCCUGCUCUAUGUCAAGUGCCGUCUCAACGUGCUGCUCUGGUACCAGGACGCGUAUGGGGAGGUGGAGAUGAACGACGGGAAGCUCUACGACGCCUACGUCUCCUACAGCGACUGCCCCGAGGACCGCAAGUUCGUGAACUUCAUCCUAAAGCCGCAGCUGGAGCGGCGUCGGGGCUACAAGCUCUUCCUGGACGACCGCGACCUGCUGCCGCGCGCUGAGCCCUCCGCCGACCUCUUGGUGAACCUGAGCCGCUGCCGACGCCUCAUCGUGGUGCUUUCGGACGCCUUCCUGAGCCGGGCCUGGUGCAGCCACAGCUUCCGGGAGGGCCUGUGCCGGCUGCUGGAGCUCACCCGCAGACCCAUCUUCAUCACCUUCGAGGGCCAGAGGCGCGACCCCGCGCAUCCGGCGCUCCGCCUGCUGCGCCAGCACCGCCACCUGGUGACCUUGCUGCUCUGGAGGCCCGGCUCCGUGACUCCUUCCUCCGAUUUUUGGAAAGAAAUGCAGCUGGCGCUGCCGCGGAAGGUGCGGUACAGGCCGGUGGAAGGAGACCCCCAGACGCAGCUGCAGGACGACAAGGACCCCAUGCUGAUUCUUCGAGGCCGAGUCCCGGAGGGCCGGGCCCUGGACUCAGAGGUGGACCCGGACCCUGAGGGCGACCUGGGUGUCCGGGGGCCUGUCUUUGGAGAGCCAUCAGCUCCACCGCACACCAGUGGGGUCUCGCUGGGAGAGAGCCGGAGCAGCGAAGUGGACGUCUCGGAUCUCGGCUCGCGAAACUACAGUGCCCGCACAGACUUCUACUGCCUGGUGUCCAAGGAUGAUAUGUAGCUCCCACCCCAGAGUGCAGGAUCAUAGGGACAGCGGGGGCCAGGGCAGCGGCGUCGCUCCUCUGCUCAACAGGACCACAACCCCUGCCAGCAGCCCUGGGACCCUGCCAGCAGCCCUGGGAAAAGGCUGUGGCCUCAGGGCGCCUCCCAGUGCCAGAAAAUAAAGUCCUUUUGGAUUCUG